AUGUGGGGCCCGAGGAUGUUCAGGGAAUAUUUCCAGUACAAGGGGAUCAGCUUCCCCAGGCUGAUCUACUCGGAGCGGGGGCUGCGGGAGGUGGAGAAUGAAUUCCAAGUCCGGGAUGACGAUGUCUUUAACGUCACCUACCAGAAAUCAGGGACCGUCUGGAUGCUGGAGAUCCUGAGCCUCAUCCACAGCAAGGGGGACCCCAGCCAGUGCCGCACGGUCCCUAACUGGAACCGCGGGCCCUGGUACGAGACCGUCCUGGGCCUCCAGACCGCCCGGAGCAACCAGCCGCCCCGGCUCAUCAGCUCCCACCUGCCCAUCCAGCUCUUCGCCAAGUCCUUCUUCCGGUCCAAGGCCAAGGUACUGUACACGGUGCGGAACCCCAAGGACGUCUUCGUCUCCCUUUACCACUUCGCCCAGAUCUUCCGCCCCUACAAGGAGCCGGGACAGCUGGACCAGUUCCUGGAGCAGUUCCUGGAGGGGGACGUGCCCUUCGGCUCCUGGUUCGACCACGUCAAGGGCUGGAUGGGCCUGCGGGGCCACGAGAACUUCUUCUGGAUCACCUAUGAGGACCUGCAGCAGGACCUGCGGGGCAGCGUGGAGCGGAUCUGCCAGUUCCUGGGCAAGCCGCUGGACGCGCGGGCGCUGGACGGGGUGGUGGAGAACGCCUCCUUCCAAGCCAUGAAGCAGAACAAGAUGUGCAACUUCAGCCUGGCCCCCAGGUUCCUGCUGGACCAGACCCAGAGCUCAUUUCUGCGGAAAGGGAUUACCGGGGACUGGAAGAACCAGCUCACCACGGCCCAGAGCGAGAAUUUCGACCGGAUUUACCGGGAGCAGAUGCAGGGGCUGGAUCUGAGCUUCCCCUGGGACCAGCCGGGCCCCCAGCCCUCCCCACCCCCCACCGACUGCUCGGGCCCCCCGCCGGGCGGCAGCUGA